GCCCUUUCCAGUCCCCUUUGCAAUUCUUCUCUCUCUCCACUGCUUCUGCAUACUUUACUGUCUGAUUCUAUACGAAAAGCACGGAGACUGGACAUCCACUCCGACUCCACCACAAUAACCCUUCCUAAUCCAGAUUAGCGCUUACUAGAUCCAGUCUAGCGUCUCCUCACGCGCCUUUCCUAAUUUUCGACGCGCAAAAAAGAAAAAAAAAGGUGAAAGUGACUUGAGUUUGACGUUGGAAACUCGGCGCAGACCGCAAUUCAACACAGUCUUAUCUACGACAGUCCUACUCCUGUAGCAAAGGACUAACUCCGCAAGGGAUAACUUUGUUGUGGUUUCCCGCAAAUCCUUCCACCUUCAGACUUUCUUCCCGCGCAUUCUGACUGUCCACCCCACGCCAUAACCUUUUCCUUCUGCUGGUCGCAAUUGUCGCGCUUUUGGGUUGUUAUUUUGCGUGUCGCAUAGACUCGUUUCUUCGAAUUUGAACCUGCGUCGCUGCAUCGGCCUUUUUCCGACGGUGUGAUUAUCAGCCGUCAAGAUGGUGUCCUUCCAGUGUGAGGCAUGCGGUGAUAUUUUCACCAAGAAAAAACUCGAUCCCCAUCGGAACCAGUGCCGAGGCGCGUCGUUCACUUGCAUCGAUUGUAUGGUCCAUUUCCAGGGAACUCAGUAUAGGGCACACACGUCUUGCAUGAGCGAGGCGCAAAAAUACCAAGGCGCCUUGUAUAAAGAGAAGCCUACCAAGGGCCAAAAGAAGGGCCAGAACGGCCAGAAUACCCCCAACCAGAAGGGCAAGGGCAACGCCAAUGCCAACAAACAACCCCGGGUCGAGGAUGGUUCCGAUGGAGACAAUUUCAAGGCCAAUGCCCCGCCCCCAGCGCCGACGCCCCCUCCUGCGGGCGAAGGCAAGGCCACCUCUGAGGCGCUGGCCAAGACUGACAAGCCUAUCAAUGUAUUUGACUACCUGGUCACCGAGGACACCCCCAAUGCGUCCAAGGUCACUCUGGCCCCCAAGAACGGCCCCAAGGAACAGAUGAGCAUGGUUGCGCACGCCAAAUCCGUCUUCGAGCCUAGCGAUGCUCUCGCCAAGCUGGACACCAAGACCGACGACGAGGGCCACUACGAUGUCGCGUAUGAAGAGAAUGGCUUCUCCUACGGCGCGGACCCCAUCCCACCACCCAUGUACGCCAACGAUGUACCCAACGUCUCUACGGAAUUCGUCACACCCGCACCAAAGAAGACCAAGAAGGAGCGCCGCAAGGAAGAAAAGCGCUCCAGCGCCAGCGCCAGCGCCAGCGAGAAGAAGCGCAAGCGCGGCCAGGAGAACCCCUUCAGCCCGCAACCCGACCUGGACACUCCCAUGCUAGACGCCCCAUCCAGCGUGAUCAACAACGCCGGGACCCCCGUCCUCGCGCACUCCGGUCUUACCGGCGGUCUAAACCGCAUGAUGCGCUCCCCAUCCCCCGAGGACUCCCCCGACCUCCACCGCCAAUCCUACCACGACGCCUCAUCCCCCAUCAAGCGCACCCGCCGCAACGGCAAAGAGUCCAAGGAAAGCCAUUCCAACGGUGACACCGGCCUGGGCAUCUCCAUCAAAAACCGCGCCGAGCGCCUCGUCACCUCCAUGUUCGGCGGCUCCGUCGUCUCAACCAGCAGCGCCGGCAACGACUCCAACUCCCGCGCCCUCGUCCGCACCCGCCGCGGCUCAUCCUCCAGCGCAGACGGCGCGCUGGAAAUCCGUAAGAAAAAGUCUCACCGCAGCCGCCACGCAUCGGAUUCACACACGGAACGCAAAGCCAAGCGCAAGAGCAGCAAUCCCACAGACGGUGAUAGACCCAGUCGGCGGCAGAAGCAGAGCGAUGAACGUCGCCGUUCGGAUUCACGCUCGCCGCACCGCGAGCGCCAGGUUACGGUGUAUCGGGCUUCGAAACCGCCUGCGCGCACGAAUGAUGAGUUCUCGCGGGAGAUGGCAGAGAUGUUUUUGGAUAUCGUGGCUGAGAGGGAUAGUGCGAGAGGGUGUUCGGUGAAUAAGGCGUUGAAGAGGUUUCAUCGCGAGUUUGAGGAUGAGGGGGAUAUGGGGAGUCGGGAGGUUAGGGCAGAGAAUGAGAAGGAUCUUUGGAGGGCUUUGAGGUUGAGGCGGAAUGAGAGGGGGGAGAUUGUUGUUUUCGUUUGA